AUGUUCCAGAUGGUAACGUCCUUCCGCCUGAUCCCGACCCUGUCCCACCUCGGUCUCCCCCUCGAGAUCCGAACCCUUGAUCAAGGGACCAUGGAGCGCCCUUCUAAACGACAGCGAGUCGACGAGCCCGAUGAACGCAUCACGCCACGGUCCCUGUCGCGACCCAUCACACCCCCACGAGCGCCUCAAGGUCGCGCACGGCGAGUGCUCCCCUCGCCAUGGCAGUUGACAUGGAUCCGCGACCUCCCCGAAGAGCUCAACGGUGACGCCGUGUCCCUCAAGGACCUCUUGGGCGAUCCGCUCAUCGGGGAAUGCUGGGAGUUCAACUUUCUUCAUGACCUGGACUUUCUCAUGAGCGCCUUCGACCUGGACACCAAGCACCUCGUCAAGGUCCACGUGGUGCAUGGAUUCUGGAAACGCGAGGACACAAACAGACUCAUCCUUGCUCAAGAGGCGUCCAAGUUCGACAACCUCCAGCUUCACGUCGCACCCAUGCCCGAGAUGUUUGGGACCCAUCACUCCAAGAUGAUGAUUCUGUUUCGCCACGACGACACGGCGCAGGUCAUCAUUCACACUGCAAACAUGAUCGCCAAGGACUGGACCAACAUGACGAAUGGAGUUUGGAGCUCCCCACCGCUCCCGAAACUGGCAGGGGCAGGCAACAGCUCACGCGGUUCGCAUUCAGCACCAUGGGGGACGAGUGAGAGAUUUAAAUUUGACUUGCUCAGCUAUCUAAGCUCCUACGACCGCCGCAUACCAACUUGCAAACCCCUCGUGGACGCGCUCGCCGAGUAUGAUUUCUCCCAAAUCAAAGCCGCCCUGGUUGCAAGCGUCCCUGGCACACACAACGUGCAUGACGAGUCGGAAACCGCCUGGGGGUGGGCGGCCCUUAAGAAGUGUUUACGAACGAUACCGUGCGCCGAGGGCGACGCGAACAUUGUGGUGCAAGUGUCAUCUAUUGCGACCCUCGGCAGCAAGGACGACUGGCUCCAGAAGACGUUGUUCGACCCUCUUUCCAGCACCAAAUCCCAGCAGCUCUCCAAGAGACCAAAGUUCAGCGUCGUUUUCCCGACUGCGGAUGAGAUCAGGCGGUCUCUGGACGGAUACGCCUCAGGGGCCUCCAUACACACCAAGAUCCAAUCACCGCAGCAGGUCAAGCAGUUGCAGUAUCUAAGGCCCAUGUUGUAUCACUGGGCGAAUGACAGCGAAGGGGGAAGGAGCUUGCCCCAGGAGCACAAGCUGUGGGAUGGCGGUCGAAACCGGGCAGCGCCGCACAUCAAGACGUACAUUCGGUACAACAGCCGCGGGUCGCUGGAUUGGGCGAUUCUCACGUCUGCAAACCUCUCUAAGCAGGCCUGGGGUGAUGCUGCCAGGUCGAACGGGGAGAUGCGGAUCGCCUCGUGGGAGAUUGGCGUGGUGACCUGGCCGGCGUUGUACGGUGAGAGCAGCGUCAUGGCGAGCACAUUCAAGACGGACACACCAGCUGUUGGCGGCAACAAGAAUCUCGAAAAGGGUCCCGUCAUCGGUCUUCGAGUGCCGUACAGCUUGCCCCUGCAGCGUUAUGGGCCCGACGAGGAGCCUUGGGUUCCUACCGUGGCUCACACGACACCCGACCACUUUGGGCGGACUUGGGACGGCUAG